CGGCUGCCCGGGAAAGCCCGAGCGGGCCGAGGGGAGGCGGCGAGAGCGCUCGGCGUCUCGCUGGCUGUGGGUCUCGCUGCGAGUCAGUAGUGGCCCUUUUUGUUUCGGUGUUGUAGGGCACGAUGGCAUCGGUUGAAAGGGAAACACUGUCCCAGGAGGAGCUCCGGAAAAGGCUGUAUCAGACUUUUAAGAGCCGAGGCGUGCUGGACACACUUAAGACACACCUCCGAAACCAGCUAAUCCAUGAACUAAUGCACCCAAUUCUGAGUGGAGAGCUUCAGCCGCAGAUGGUUCCAAGUGAAGACAGUUCACUUUUGAUCACUGCUUCCAACAGUUUGGUGGCAGAUCAUCUAGAGAGAUGUGGCUACGAGUAUUCACUUUCUGUUUUCUUUCCAGAAAGUGGAUUAGAGAAGAGCAAGCUGUGGACUGUGCAAGAUCUCCUCCAAUUAAUGAGGAUCAAUCCAGAAUCCAGUCUUUACAAAUCACUGACUUCAGGAACUCGGAAGGAAAAUAAAGGUUUCCUUAUGCAGAUUUUAAUUGGACUUACUGAACAUCAUCUAAACAGGAGAACUCACAGCACAGAAACUCAGACCACCUCAGUGCCUCCUUACAGAGAGUCUCUUGCUGAGAAGCUUCAGCUGAUUGAUGAACAGUUUGCAGACUCCUAUCCUCAGCAUCAGAAAUAUGAAUCUUUAGAAGUAAAACUUAAUGAAUAUAGAAAAGAAAUAGAGAAGCAGCUUCAAGAAGAAAUGCAUCAAAAGCUUCAACAUUUUAAAGAAGUUGAAAUAGCAAAGAUUAAAAUGGAGGAGAAAGUGCAGACCCAGAAAGAAAUCUCUGAGCUGCGCCAUGAGUUAGAGAGGACGCAUCAAGCAAAGUCUGAAGCCUUGAUUUCUCGUGAAAAGAAUGCUAUUGAGAGGCUUCAAAAGCAACAAGAGAUAGAAGCAAAGGAAGUGUAUGCUCAGAGACAAAGUCUAUUGAAAGAUAUUGAAGCCAUAAGGUCCAGGGAGGCAGAACUGAAGCAAAGGAUGGAGGCAUUUGAAAUCACCCAGAAAGUUCAGGAGGAGAAAAAUAAAGCUAUAGAAGAUGCACUUCGGCGUCGUGAGGUUGCUGUGAAGAACAUAGAGGAGACAUACGACCAAAAACUGAAGACAGAGCUCUUAAAAUACCAGCUUGAAUUAAAAGAAGAACACAUAGCCAGAACCAAUAAAGUUACUGAAGAUGAGAAAAGAAAUAAAGAGAAAGCUAUGCUUUUGCAAGAAGAAGCCAUUGCUGUUAAUUCAAAAAAGGAGGAACUCAAGCAAGCUGUAUCACGUGCCAAAGAGCUUGAGCUGGACUUGGAGUCAGUGAAGGCCCAGGUUCUGUUGGUAAAUAAACAGAAUAAUUUGUUGACAGAAAAACUGAAAGAGGUAUCAGACUACCCUUUGCUAAAGGAGGAAAAAGUGGAGCUCCAAGUGCAGAAUAAACUACUUAGGCAACAGUUGGAUGAGACUCGGAGUGAAAACCAGCAUCUUCGAGACAAGCUGUCCCAGCCCUCAGCAGAGUACCUGGCCUGCCAAGUGGAGCUGAGGAGAGUAGAGCAUUCUACAAAAUUGGUGCUGGAUGAAUAUGAAAGUCAUAAGCAUAUGUUGGAAAAACAGCUACAAAGUGAGAUUGAGCGUUGUGCCCAGUUAAAGGCCCAGCUGUUAGACUCUGAAGCUACUGUCAGGAAGUUAAAUAUGCAGGUUGAAGAGCUGAAACUGCAAGUGAAGCAAACACAGGCAGCUCUGGAGAAUGAGGUGUAUCGGAACCCAAAGCCGUCGCUCGUCGACCGCUCCAUCCUCGACUUCCUGGGAGACAGGACGGGGGACAAGCUGGUGCCCCACGACAUUUACGUGGAUGGUGCAUUCCCAAGGAAACCACUCCUGCCCAAUGUGGGGAUGGCCAGCACUGUGCCAGGGCCUGGCUGUCACCUGCAGCUGCCCAGGCCUGAUGUGGGGACGGCCAGCGCCGUGCCAGGGCCGCGCGGCGCCUCCCCGGACUCUGACCUGGAGUGCAUCGCGCAGGCCCGCGCCAGGGUGAGGGAGCUGGAGAAGGAGGCCGAGUUCUUGGAGGAAGCCUACAGGAGUUACCAGCACAGAGUCAUGCUGAGUGCAGCUGCCAGCAGAACACCAAGCAAGAUGCAGCCUCCUUUAAUUCUGCAGUGUCCUCUUGGUAGCAACCCUUUGACUGCCCAGCAGGAACUGCUAGAGCAUAAUCCCAGCUGCCCACAUUCCCCCCUGGGCAGUCCCAGAGGCGAGGAGCACAUCAAAAGAACUGGGCAGGUCGAUAUCUAUGAAACUUCCUUCACGCCACCACGCAGAGGAGCAUCUUCCAGGCGCCUUUCCUCCACUCCCAUUUCCAAACCAAAGAAAGACCUCAGUAACAAGAAAAUUCCAGAUGAGAGCAUCAAGAGCUCAUCCUUUACCUCUUCACAGCAGAGUGUUGACCGGGUUCUUUCUCCUAUUUCAAAGCGAUGUUUGCUUUCAUCUUCUGAGUCUGUUCCUUCCUCGCCAUCCAGUCAUGGCCAGAAAAUCAGACUUCAGAGUCAACAAACAGAUAAACAAGAUCUCAGUGAUAUUCACAAACCAGAGAAACUAAGGUAUGAGGAUCUUGAAGAACACAUUUCCACUCUUGAAGAUCAGGGGGACAUACCAGAGGAGUGUGAAAGUGAUGUCUUGCAUCCAUCUGGGGACAUUGUGGAUGGAAACUGUGUCACAGCCCCUGUGCCAGCAGCAGCCACUUCACUGCAGGACUUGACAGUGCUGGAUCAAAGGCAGAUUGAAGAACAGAACAGAGAAGUUGAGCAAAACUUAGAAGAAGAAAGGAAAGCAGGAGAAGAAAGAAAAGAGAAAGAACAACAGGAAGCUUUGGAAAACGAGCAAAAAGAACUGGAGAAGCUUAAUGAAGAGCAUAUCCAAGACUCACUGAAAACAGAUGAAGAAAUAGAAGACAAAGAGGGAGUAAAAUCUGAGCAUGGUAGCACUGCUGCUGAAAAUAAUGUAAAGGAUCCUCCUUCCAAUCCAUUAGAAAAAUACAUGAGAAUAAUUCAGCAGAGCAGAGAGCAGGAACUGGCAAACAAGGAUUCAAAAAAAGAAGAAAUAAGAGAAGGGUCACCCUCAGAAGGACUUCUAUCUACUGAAAAUGAUGACAGUCUUGCAGACAUUUCUCAUGGAGACGUGGAUGAAAGCUUCUGGUGAACAAUAACUACUGAUUUUUAAAUUUUUUAUUAUUAUUAUUAUUAUGAGAAAGAUAUUUUUAAAGUCGUUUUGUGCCUUUAAUAAAUGUUAGGCACCAACACUGCAGGCUGUGUAAUUAUAAAUUAAUAAAGCUGAUUUUGAUCUGUUUCA